AUGUCGGGUAAGGCAGGUCGUUCGGCCGUUCCGUCGAACGGUGUACCGAUGCCGCAAACUUUCGACAAAAUCCCAGACGUCGAUUUGAAUACAGCCUCGCAAGAAGGACCGCCCCAGUACAAUAAUCAAAGCAAGGGCAUAAAUGUUUCUCAAGGUAUAUUGCGACACAAUGUUGAUGGAAAAGACGCGGAUACAGGAUCUCAAACCACCACUCUCCCCCCGGAGAAAGUCUUUUCUAUUCAGCUGGGGUCCGAGCUCUUUCGGCUCUCGGGUGCUUCGAUAGCAUCAGAUGCACCGUCAUACUUCUCUCGAUUUUUCGAAGAACAGCUUCGACAAACCGAAAAUGGUGGAAACGUGAGAACGCUCUACAUUGACCGAGAUCCAGCAACAUUUCGUGAAAUCUGCCGGCAUCUUCAAGGCUAUCACAUCUACCCACGCGAUGGUCUAGAGUAUGUCAAGCUUUUUGCCGAUGCGCAGUUCUACAGCUUGCCUCGCUUAACCUCGCGGAUAUUCGAAUCGGAAAUCUACAUACAAAUAGGCGAACGUGAUUUCCAGGUAUCGCGAGAUAUGUUCUCGGGUCCUGGUGACUCUCCAAAUUUUUUCAACUUGGGCUUUGCAAUAUUAUUUGCCACACCGACAGAUGUUUUCCCGGGUCUUGUCAGAUCGGGUUUAUUACGGCCACCUUCAAUCGUUCCGCCGAGUAUACCAAGUCGAUCUGGCGAUACCUUUGCUCAAAUCGUCCACAUGUUAAGAGGCUAUCCUAUUCAUAUCCGGAACGAAAACCACCGAACCGAGUUACUGCGUGAUUGUCGAUACUAUCAUUUACGAGGUGUUGAGCAGAAGUUGAUACCUCACCACAUCAGCUACAAUCCGGGACGGGAGCGUGACGAAAUCCUUAUUCGGCUAGAGGACGUGAGACAAUCAGGCAUUCAGGUCGUCAACGAUGGCUCGUCAGACGACACAUCCAUCCUUGCAGGAUGGGUACAUUAUGCGCGGCCAUUUGUAGACGACAAUGCUUACGAAAUGGUGUUGGAAAUUGAGGGACAAAACACUGUGCUUAAUCUGGACACGAUGCGCGCCGAUUUCCGUGGCCUAGCCAAGGCCCGCGUGAGCAGUCUAGUGCAAGUAAUUGCCAAUAAGCUCAAUCUGCCCAACAAGGCACCUCUCGGGUUGAUGAUGAUGUCUGGCCAAGCGAACCGGGCGUCGGCAAGCCCUGGCAACACUCCGCUGAGUGAUGAUCGGCCAAAGAUCCACAUUGAUGCAGAAGCUGAUAUCACUGUCGACAACGAGCCGUUUCAGCUUGGACGAUCUAAUUUUGGCAAUUCGAGCACGAAUGCAGGGUUUACCGAUGGCCCCCCAGCCAAACGCAGGCGCGAGGACGAAGGCGCAGCUACAGAGCCUCGCCAAUGGAUGAUUCACAACGGCCAGUGGCGGUUGCGAAUACAGCCCGACGCAUCCGGUCAGCUGGAGGUCAUUUUCUUUGCUGUCAAGCUGGAUGUGUCUACGAACCAGCGCGCAAGGAACACAAAACGGCAGUUUCUAGGCUGA